AUGAGUGCUCCUCCGUACGACAACCCGUUUGAGGUCGGCGAGUACGACAACUCGGACUCUCUACACAGGAGUGGCUCCACGCGAAGCCAAGGCAGACGGUCGUCCCGGUACGAGUACCAGUACACCAAACCUCUUCCAGGAGCACCAGGACAGUCGCAGGAUCAAGGAUUUUACUCGGCAGGAGGAUUUUCGGGCGCACAUCACCAGAUCCAUCCAGAUAAGGGCGACCUUCCACCACUACCCGGCGAGUCUCAGGAGUAUGGCGACUCCAACCUUCGAACUAGUCAAGAUGGUAAUUCUCUGGCUUCCUAUGGAGACUCUUUCAACGGACACUACAAGGCAUCUUCGCAGACCUCAAAUUGGUACGAAGAUGUCGAGACGACCCGGCUGAUGAGAACACACACGCAGACAUCGCGAAUGAGCAUGAACUCCAACAAGCCUCUGCCUGACCCGCUAGAUGUCGCCAACCCGCGCAACAGCCGAAUAUACGGCACCAACUAUUCAGCAUAUCGCGGAGUGACUCCCGCGCCACCACCAAAGGACCAUUUCGUCAUGGAACAAUUUGAGAUAGAGAUGCCUGACGACGAGGAACGAGGACGAGAAGAUGGCAGAAGACGACGAAGAAAGCGACGAACACCGUCAGAGGAGGAAGCGCGACAAAAGAGAAAACAACGACGACACAGAGCACGAAGAUACGAGUCAAGGCAGACACAGAAUCAUCCGUACUUCACGUGGUUCAUGACGACGGUUCACAUUGCAGUGUUUGUGGCCGAGAUCAUCAAAAUGGGAGUCCUAACUGGAAUUCCCAUCCAGACUCAACCCUCUUUUAACCCCAUGAUUGGUCCCUCCAACUAUGUGCUCAUCAACAUGGGGGCCCGGUUCACUCCCUGCAUGAUGUAUAUCAAGGGUGUCACAGAUGACCCCACAUUGUUAUUUCCCUGCCCCAACUCCACAACGCUUGAAACUGACAAAUGUACACUAGAGGAGCUUUGUGGCAUGGGAAUGAAGCAGACCCCUGGCUCUGACGGCGGCUCCAUCACCUCAGGGGGCCAGUGGUGGCGGUUCAUCACCCCCAUUUUCAUGCAUGCUGGAAUCAUCCAUAUCGGUUUCAACAUGCUUCUGCAGAUGACUCUAGGAGCCGAUAUCGAGAAGCAAAUUGGUAUUAUCAGAUACUUUUUUAUUUACUUUGCAUGCGGUAUUGGUGGGUUCCUGUUUGGAGGAAACUAUACUCCCGACGGUAUCGCGUCCACUGGAGCAUCUGGUUCACUUUUCGGCAUCAUUGCCAUUGACCUUUUGGAUCUUCUGUUCAACUGGUCCAUUUUCAGGAACCCUGUGCGGAUUCUGAUUAUUCACAUCAUCGAGAUUGUGGUUUCGUUUGUCUUGGGUUUGCUGCCUGGUCUUGAUAACUUCUCCCAUAUCGGAGGCUUCAUUGUUGGCGUGCUUUUGGGCAUCGCCAUUCUGCGGUCCCCUCUAAAGGUUGUUGACGAAGGCACUUCUCUUUUCAACCAAGGCAUGAGUUCUGAGGAACAAGCUCGGUUGAGACGAAGACAGCUGAUUCAGCAAGAGGAAGACGACAAGAAUCAUCUGCUUGCGGUCUUUCCCAAGAGCAGAGACCAACUUGACCGAGAUAUCGAGCAGUUCAAGUCGCGACCUCGGCGAUGGUACAUUUGGUUCUUAGUGCGUCUUGCAUGUCUUGCAUUGGUGGGAGUCUUCUUUGGCCUGUUAUCUCGAGAUUUCCAGAACGGUGGAGGCGAUUGCCACUGGUGCAAGUAUCUGUCCUGUUUGCCUGUCAAUGGCUGGUGUGACUUGGGCAACAUUACUACUGGCGACAAUUAG